AUUCGGAAAUAAAUUGUAAAAAUAACAAAUUUGCACCACUAAUACUAAUUACAUAUAUAUUAUUGUUUUGCUAUGUAAUACGGUACUUAAAGUUUUAAAAGCAAUUGAUUUAAUAUGACAAGGUUAUAUAGGCUAAAUGGGCAGCGCCUGCUGUCAAGGCGAAUAGUUAGAUGAGUGUUUCAUUGAACCUUUCACUGCUGGACAAUGAUUUUGCAUCAACAUUUGCUUUAUACGAUUUUAGAGAAAACAUUGUACAAUACGAAACGAUACAAAAAUUUUCAGUCUCCAAUGACGUCAUUUCUUAUGUUCUCGUCAUUUCACGCUUGAACGCAUGAAGUUGUAACUUCGAUAUGUUCGAUAUCAUCCGAUAGAUGUCACAAUGGAAGAAAGUGGGGUUGUCGUGAAAAAUUCAAGAAUUUACAAACUGGAAGUAUAUAUAGUAAAUACAUACGUUCAUACAUAAUUGUGUGCCAUCUAAUAAGGUGUACUAAAACUUCAUAUGGAAGAUUACAAGUUUUUAUUUAAGGUUGUCCUUGUUGGAAAUGCUGGUGUUGGAAAAACAUGUUUGGUUAGAAGGUUCACACAGGGUCUUUUCCCUCCUGGUCAAGGUGCUACAAUUGGAGUAGAUUUUAUGAUCAAGACUGUGGAGAUAGAUAAUGAGAAAGUCAAGUUACAAAUCUGGGAUACAGCGGGACAGGAGAGAUUCCGAUCCAUAACACAAAGCUAUUACCGUUCAGCUCAUGCACUAAUUUUGGUAUAUGACAUAAGCUGUCAACCUACAUUUGAUUGCCUCCCUGACUGGUUGAGGGAGAUUGAAGAGUAUGCUAGCAGCAAGGUACUCAGGGUUUUAGUAGGCAACAAAAUUGACCGAGAGGAUCGUGAAAUUCCAACUCAUGUGGGAGAGGAUUUUGCCCAGAGGCAUAGUAUGUAUUAUUUAGAAACAUCUGCAAAAGAAGCAGAGAAUGUUGAGAGGCUCUUCAUGGAAAUAGCAGCAGAAUUAAUGGAGGAAGCGAGAAGCAAAGAACUACCGAGGUAUGAUACCAGCUCUCCAAAAAUAAAUGGCCGGACUACAGUGAUAGGAGAUGGUGGCUGUUGCAAUAGAAUGUCCUAACUGCUACAGUUUGAAUGAGAUUAAUUUAAUAAAUUAAUAUAAACAAAUUCCAAGGGAAAGAGCAAUGAAGUUGCCAGGUGACUUUACAAGGCCCUGACGAAGACUGAUGUUACAGUACAUGUAUCUAUGUAACAUUAAGCUUUACUGCAUUCCUUUUUUUUUUUUUCUUAAACAUUAUUUAAGAAAAUGCAAGAAGUACCUUUUUAAUUAUAUAUUUUAUAUUUUUACAUGUUUCUCAGCCUACCUUGCCAUGCUUGAGCCGAUAAUAUCAUGGAAACUAAGAAUUUUACAUGCUGAGUUCACAUGCUCUGUCAAAGGCUUGCUAACCUCUCCAGGGAACUAAAACACUCACAAGAAAGAGAAAACAAUCUUUGAUUUAUAGGAACAGGCCCUAAUAACCUACCCCCACAGAGUCUAUAAUGAUGAUGAUGAUGCAUGACAUCUUUCUAAGCCUCCUUUAUCUUGCCUGAGCAUCACAGAAACUAUUAAGUUUACAUGCUGAGCUCAUAUGUAAAUAUCUUGUUCCAAAUAUUUGUGUAUUGUUACAUAAAACUAUAUUUAAACAGGGAAAUGGAAGAUAUGUACAUAUGAUACAUAUAAACUUAGAUUCCUGAAAUUAUAUAUGUUGUUGUCAUAUUAAUUUAUUUCUCAAAAAAUAAACUGUACAUGUUUUUUGGUAUACCUGUCAAACACAACAAUAAUAAGAAUAACUCACUUCCACUCUAUUAUGCCAUCAAAGUUUUUAUUGGAUUAGGGUAUAACGUUGCAAUAUGUUUUGACUCCUACAUGGAGCCAUCAUCAGGUGAUACAGUUUACAGUUCUUAAAUUACUGAAUUGUGAUUCUUACGAAUAUGGAUCCAUGUAUUACAGAUAUUACAAGUGCUAUAGGAAAAUUUUACACACCCCUAUUAAAAUUAGGCUCAGAAUACCAGCCGUGUCCUUUCCAGAAUUUUAAGAUACUUACACAUUGACUAAUAUCAUUUACAAAGUAAUGCAGAACUUCUUGCUAAAGUUUCACUUGUCUGUUGAGAUUUGCAUUUUACUGUUCUGCUGCAAGAUUUUAUUGAAGACUGUAUUCCUCAUAUAUUUAUCAUAAGAAUGAAGCUAUGCAUAUUACGACAUUAACAUUGGAAAAUGUAUAAAUUAUAAGUUAUUAGGACUGUAUAUCUAUAAUUACUGGAAUCCAAAUUUGUAUCUCCUACUUGAAACAAUGGACAUUACUCACAGUAGCUUAAGGCAGCUUUGUUGUUGUAUUGACCUAAUUUAUAAUUAUAAGUUAAUGUUAUGAGUACCAUAGUAGCAGAUAUUAUUUUGCCUACUGUCACAUAGUCAGAGAAUGUAAAUAUUGUUAAGCCCAAUAAAGCAGUUAUGUCCAUUAUGGAUAGUGGCAUGAUUUUUUUUUUCAGGAAAGUUUAGGUAUGUGCAUGGGUAGUUCAGAAAGCUAGAAGCUUGGCAUAAAUGAAGCGAAACAUCAAGGUCUUAUGAGCGAAAACAAACCACAGUGAUGAAAUAACACUGGAAAUGAUUUAGCUAGAGGUAAAAAUGCCUGAUUCUGUAAUAUGAAGCAUUUCAUUAUUUUGAAUAAAUAUUGUAACAAGGCUCACUACCUCUAUCCUUCUCUCUCUCAGUGUGUUGACAAGAAGUAUUGUUAUGCAAGAAGUAAAACAUUAGAUAUGACUGCACUACAUAAUAUAUCGAGUUAUUAACACCAUAAUUAUUUCAGGAAGUAUAUUCCAGUAUUGUUUGUAACUCUUUUUACAUAUUAUAUACUGUAGUGUUUUUAUUAGUACAACUGGACAUGUGUAUUUUAUUUCUGUGAUAGUGGCAGUACUGUAACAUGUUGUGUUCAGCUUUUUAAUAGAAGUUUUGAUGUUUUAACUGCAUUGUAUAUAAAGUUUUAGAAACACAAGUGACACAUAGAUUGUUUUAACAGAUAGAGGUUACAGUUUUAUCAGAUUUAUUGCUGUGAGCUUGAAAGUACAUUUAUUUUAUUGUAUCUAAUGUUACUGAAUGUGAUCUCAUGUGAAAGAAACUUUUUUUUUAUUAUUUAUGGUACUUUUUCAGGAAUGUAAUGUAUAUAAAAUACAUCAGUGCUUUAUCUUGCUGUAGAUGAUAUGUUUUAUUUUGUGGCUAUUAUAAAUAUUUGUAAUGAAGAAAGACAUGUUUCAGUACAUAGAUUUUAGAUGUGCAUACAGAAAACAUGCUGAUAAAAUAUAGAACCAACAGGAAGCAUGAUGAAUAUAAUCUGAUUGGAUUUUUGCGGUAUAUUAUAUUUGUUCAUGACAGCUUGCAGAGUUUGAAUGCCCUAAUGACUUCUAUGUUGAUACAUAUAUAGAGUAUUUCAGGAGCUUCAGUUUAUUUGGCCUGCUUCCCCAUCUGACAGUAGGCACUAUUUAUUAGAAUGUCAUACUAUGACAUUCUCUUGUUCAUGUGUCUAAAUGUGAAUACAUUUAGAUAAUAUAAUGAAAUAUAUAACUUCAGAUUUCAGGAAUAAACUUUGUAGAAUGUUUGAAAGUUUUCCAAUUUUUAGCAAAUAUUACAGUUGCCAUCUUAAAAUAUAAUGUCUUGGAGAUGUUUUGGAAGCAGCAGACAGGUGAGCAGGAUGUAAAGGUGUAAUUUUAAUUUUAAUUUAUUUCGAGUUCCAUAAGAUCCAACAAAACUGGUUACAAACCAUAGGAUAUAGAACAUGUUAAAAUACAGACUAGAACAUGUCAAUAUAAACAAAAUAUAAAAAUACAA